GGCGCUCCUCACGCACGCCGCCGCCAGUGACUCGGAGGAGUGCGCGCGCGCGGCACCUCUCGCAGAGGCUCUCCUCGUCCCGCGCCCGCGUCCGCGACCGCGCCCGCGUACGCCUCGUGCACUGAGCUUGACCCUCGUAUAAAGCGGAGUCCCCGCGCGAACUCGCACGCAGUCACGACCCAACCACGAUCUCAUACAUUCACCCAGCUUUCACGCGAUACAAUAUCAGUAGUGAUACAAAGUGGUGAUAAUGGCCAGCCAGGAAUGGGGAUACUCGGUUGAAAAUGGGCCAGCAACGUGGGUGGAAAAGUUCCCCGAAGCGAGAGGCGCUCGCCAAAGUCCAGUGGAUAUCGACACAACACGUGCGACCAGCAGUGGGAAGGCGCCGCCCCUAGUAUGGCGCUACUCCGUCAACCACCCACGAUCCAUCGUCAACCCUGGAUACUGCUGGAGGGUGGAUGAAAACGGCUAUGACUCUGAGCUCCGCGGUGGUCCACUGGGCUCGGACGUGUACAAAUUGGAGCAGUGGCACUGUCACUGGGGGGCCGUCAACGGAGAGGGCUCGGAGCACACGGUCGACGGACGCUCGUUCUCCGGCGAGCUGCAUCUGGUGCACUGGAACACGUCCAAGUACGGCAGCUUCGCUGAGGCGGCCGGACAGACUGACGGGCUCGCUGUACUCGGAGUAUUGUUGAUGGUUGGCUCCAGACACGCAGAACUUGAAAAGGUAGUGAAGCUACUGCCAUACAUCCAGCAUCGAGGGGACAAGGUGACGUUCUCUGAGCCCCUGAACCCCGCCAACUUGCUGCCAAAGCAGACCGCGUAUUGGACCUACCCCGGCUCCCUCACCACGCCGCCUUGCACUGAGUCCGUCACUUGGAUACUCUUCAAGGAGCCUAUUCAAGUUUCUGCAGAACAGUUGGCGUUAAUGCGAAAGCUGCGUUGCGGCGAGGCGUCCUGUGGAGUAGAAGCGAUGGAAGUGUUGCACAACUACCGGCCGACGCUGCCGCUCGGCAACCGCGAGUUGCGCGACUAUGGCAUCAACUAACACUCCCGGCGUUACAACUAACGCGACCAUGAGAAAUUGUGCCAGGAAUUAUGAAAGAACUCUCAAGUUGUACCCUGUUUU